CUGUGGACAGGUAUCACAGUCUUGAUCACCGCCCCGACUAGGGUUCAUCUCGUGUCGUGCUUGUUAUCAGAAUCUCACGUUGUCUAUGCGACAAAGCGGGUGACUUGACUGGCAAAGUCAUGAGUCCCAGCAUUGUGACACGCCCCACCGACAACAUGAGCAUCGAACAUGAAAACAACAUCAUCGGCUCCGUCCGACUUACUGAACAAGGCGUCAGUCAACUAGACAGGGUGUCAUCUGCAGAGAAGGAUUUCGUCCCACAUGCGGAUAUAGAUGAUGGGCUGGAGAGUUCCACAGUGCCCUCUGAAGAGGCGCAAAUACCAAGAAUGUCCAAUGCGAGGAUCGUCCUCCUUGGUGUGGCGAUGGGUUCAACCUAUUUCUUAGGGACGGCAACGAGUACCGCUACAACCAUCAUGAUCCCACGGAUGGCUUCGGACCUUCGUGUGUCAGAGCUUGACGCUCAAUGGAUUGUAUCUGCGUACACCCUUGCCUAUGGCUGUGGCCUUCUAUUUGCCGGACGCCUAGCAGACAUGUACGGCAGGAAACUCUUGUUCAUAUCUGGACUCAGCAUUUUUUGCAUAGUUUCGAUCAUCUCCGCGUCCAUCAGGUCUCGCAUACCAUUAUGCGUCAUUCGUGCCCUUGCUGGACUAGGCUUAGCUAUUGCCUCUCCCGCAGUGUAUGGAAUCGCGGGAUCAAAUGUACGACAUGAACCUGCUCGGACCUUGAUUCUCGGUGCUUUGGGUUCUGGCGGACCUGUAGGAGCAUGCGCAGGAACAAUGAUUGGAGGAGCCAUCACCAGAGUCUCAGACGUUGGAUGGACAUACCUCUUCUACAUCGUCGCUGGGAUCAGCUUUGUGCCUCUUUCCAUUGGCAUCAUUGUCAUUCCCAGAGAUCGCAGGCAGCUAGGCGAGCGAGGUAUACUGCAUAUCGACUGGUUAGGAGGUCUCUUGAUCACAGCUGCGACCAGCAUCUUCCUAUUCAGUCUGACUCAAUCUGGGAUUACCGAGAAGGGCUGGUCGACACCAUACAUCCCAGUCUUGCUAGUAAUAUCCAUUCUAAUUGGCGUGGUCUUUCUAUUCUGGGAACGACACCUCGAGCGGAAUUGUACCCUUAAACCAGUCAUCAAACCCUCCUUAUUCACUCGACAUGGGUACAAGAGUCUCGCUGUGGUUCUCUCCGCCUUUUUUGCAUGUUCUUCAGUUUAUGGGUGGACUUAUUCGACCACGAUCUACUAUCAAAAUGUCAAAGGCAUGAGUGCUCUCGGUAAUGCUAUCCAUGUGGCUCCUGCCAAUCUGAACGGCAUCCUCGCAAUGGCCCAAGUCCUGCUAUUCGCUCCGAGAGUGAGAGCACCAACCAUGUUCAUCGUUGGAGGCUUCUUGACUGGGGUUUCAAACCUUUUACUCGCCGUCAACCCGGAAGGAAGCAUUUACUGGGGCUGCGAAUUCUUCUCGGCUUUGACCCUUCCAUACGGUAUCGACUACGUUGUAGGGGUGGGAAGCAUACUCAUUUCGAAUCUGGUCGAUCAGGACGAGCAAUCUGUCGGAGGUGCAGUCUUCCAAAUGUUCUGUCAGAUUGGAGGAGCUUUGGGUGUUUGUCUAUCGAGUCUAGUCUCGACUCAACGAGCCAAGAUUUCAGGGAGCUUGAUAACGGGUAUCAGGGCGGCGAGUUGGCUCAACACAGCAUUGUCCUGGAUGGUCAUCGUCGUGACAAUCAUCGCGCUGCGGCAUGUCAGGCUAGCGAAGGAUGUGACCAAAAUGAUUGAGUAGACGCAGCAUAUCCUCGCACCUGUAUCAACACGAUCGAUAGACGAUCUUGCCAGCCAGCCCGACCUUUCCAGCAGCGACACUUGUAGCAUGAAACGGCAACCUCUAGAAUCACUAUAUCAGAGUCCCCGAAAGUUUCCGAGGGCCUCCUCUCAUUCACAAUGUCGAUCAGAACAGGAUCACCAUCUCACUGCCGGCGCCCGUUCAUUCAAUCUUUCAUUCGCAUCACCACAUUAGCUGUAUAUUCAGAGCUUGUAGUUAAUGAGCAGCAUCAAAUCGCAUCAUCGGAUAUCAGCCAUAAAAGGACA